AUGACUGAAAAAGAAUCAAAUGAUAUAAAUGAAGAAGAAAAUAAUGGUCCAUUAUUAAUAGAACAAUUAGAAGGUAAUGGUAUUACUAGUUCAGAUAUUAAGAAAUUAAAAGCUGAUGGUUAUCAUACUGUUGAAGCGGUUGCUUAUACUCCAAGAAGACAAUUAAUGGUUGUAAAAGGUAUUAGUGAAGCAAAAGCUGAAAAAAUUUCAUUAGAAGCUGCUAAAUUAGUUCCAUUAGGUUUUACAACAGCAAGUGAAUUUCAUUCACGUAGAUCUGAUUUAAUUUGUUUAACAACUGGUUCAAAACAAUUAGAUACUUUAUUAGGAGGUGGUAUUGAAACUGGUUCUAUAACAGAAGUUUUUGGUGAAUUUAGAACCGGUAAAUCACAAUUAUGUCAUACAUUAGCAGUUACAUGUCAAUUACCAAUAGAUAUGGGAGGUGGUGAAGGAAAAUGUUUAUAUAUUGAUACUGAAGGUACUUUUAGACCAAAUAGAUUAGUUUCAAUUGCUCAAAGAUAUGGUUUAGAACCAAAUGAUUGUUUAGAUAAUGUUGCAUAUGCAAGAGCUUAUAAUGCUGAACAUCAAUUAAAUUUAUUAAACUUAUCAGCACAAAUGAUGGCAGAAUCAAGAUUUUCAUUAUUAAUUGUUGAUAGUAUAAUGUCAUUAUAUAGAACCGAUUAUGCAGGAAGAGGUGAAUUAAGUGCAAGACAAACAUCAGUUGCAAAAUUUAUGAGAACUUUACAAAGAUUAGCUGAUGAAUUUGGUAUAGCAGUUGUUAUAACGAAUCAAGUUGUUGCUCAAGUUGAUGGUAUGUCUUCAAUGUAUAAUCCAGAUCCUAAAAAACCAAUUGGUGGUAAUAUAAUUGCUCAUUCAUCAACAACAAGAUUGAGUUUUAAAAAAGGAAGAGCAGAAACAAGAAUUUGUAAGAUAUAUGAUUCUCCAUGUUUACCAGAAAGUGAAUGUGUAUUUGCUAUAUAUGAAGAUGGUAUUGGAGAUCCAAAAGUAGAAGAAGAGUAA